GGCCGCGCGGCAGCAACGCGCUGGACCUCAGGGCCAAAUUCACACAUAAUGUGCUCGAGCCUAUGAAGGAUUAGGACAAAGACUGUACAUCUUGGAGUGAAAUUGCAAUGCUUUUCAGUAGUCUCUGGCGCGUUUCCCUGGAGGGUUGUUUGGAGGUUGACAUCUAGCCGCUGUCUGAGGGGUUCAUGGUGUCGCUCAAGAUGCUUGUCCAGUGUAGCUCAGUCAAUCAUUGGAUACCCGCGUUCAGCCUACAUGCGAUGAGCAUCUUCUAACCGGUGCAUUUCGCACAGGAGGAUCUGCUGACGUGCCGGCAUCCAUGGCCCCCUUGUGCCAUUCUGAGAUAGGAGAGCUUCGCGAAUGCGUUGCCCGCACAGAGGACAGGGCAAAGCUUCAACAGGAGCUUCAAAAGAAGCAGGCUGCUAGGGAUGCUGAAGAAAGGUGGAUUGAAUGGGAGGAUGCCCAUAAAAAGGCCCGCGAGCAACAAGAGGCCGAAAAAAUCAAACAUGCUAGAGAAAGAGAGGCACAACAUGUUGCUCAUGAGGAAAAGAAGGCUUUACAACUAGCAGAGAAGGAAAAACAGGCGGUUGAACAUGCUACUAAACACCAGCAGUCAGGGCUUCAAGCACCGGCUUCAAAGCACCGUCGGAAGGACUCCCCUACUAAAGAUCCUUAUUGUGGAGAGCCUAUACAACCUUCUAAAAGGGGAAGUAAGAGCUCUACAAGCCUCCCUAGCAAGGCAUUAGGCUCCCUAGCCGAGAAAUCUACUGUUGACAUUCCUUUGAAUUCUUUCCUGUCUACCCCCCGGAUCUCUCGCUCUGGCCGCAAUAUUAGGCCGUCCACCCAUUUAUUUUCCUAA